AUGCCAUCGACUGUUAUAUUAGGUAGAAUACCUCUGCGAUGCUUUACUACGCCUCAACACCCCGUCAUCAACUCAAGAAGAGCGUUUUUUGGAAUAACCUCUGGCAGCAGCAGUAGUGAGACCAAGACUCAAAAGUUUACGUUAAAGAGAACGUUUAAUGCACCUGCUGCUAUUGUUUAUGGUGCUGUUUCUGAAGUGUCGUUAUAUGAACAUUUUGUUCCGUACUGUACAGGAUCAUUUGUCAAUCGCAGAAAUCCAGUAGAUAACAAGCCUAGUGAAGCAGGUUUACGAGUUGGGUUCCAAAACUUUGACGAAACGUUUCUAUGCAAGAUACAAUGUAUUGAUAGACAAGAUGAUGUGAAAAUUGUGAUUGCUGAAUCUGCCGCUCAUGAUUUAUUUCAUAUUUUAUCGACUAAAUGGCUCAUUCUGCCUCAUACGAACAGACCUGAUGUGACAGAAGUUGAGUUGGUUCUAUCUUUCCGGUUUCGUUCAAAAAUCUAUGAUAGAUUGUCCUCGAUCUUUGCAAAAAGUGUCUCAGAAUUGGUUAUGAAUGCUUUCGAGUCAAGGAUUUUCCAGUUGAGAAGGAAGGAGUCGAAAAUGAAAUGGCAUAACAGGUUGUAG